CUUGAAUAAAUCCCUAAAAAUAUUAACCGGAUUUAACCUAAGUCGGCCCGACCUUGUACAACCCUACUCGUAUGAAAAGAAGGAAAGAGGUUGAUGAUAGCCCAAACGCCUUGACCUUGGAUUUCCCAAAAUACCCAGCUUUAGCUAUGUCCAGAAACCCACAAGAAUCUUUUGCAAAUGAGCAAAGGGCAGCCUACACGUCUCAGAGCAGCAAUUGUUUAGUUGUUGUUUAGCCGAAAUCCAAAAGACAAACCUUUAUUGUUGUUAGCUUUGUAACUCGGACUCACAAUAAAACCCUAACUACAAAAUACAAAAACCACUUCCAGAGAAAGAAAAUGGGCAUCAAAGCAAUGGAUUUUUCACUCAGUUACAAACCAUCUUUUUGCUUUUCCCGAAACCCGCCAAAACCUUCCUCCAAACUUCGAUUUAUCACUGUCAGGUGCUCCCUCCCUCUCUCCUCUGACGGUGCCGCCACUGGAUUGGCGGAGAGGCCAUGGAAGGUAGCGGAUGCUAGGCUGGCUCUUGAAGAUGGUUCUAUUUGGAGGGCUAAAUCUUUUGGUGCCUCUGGAACCCAAGUCGGCGAGGUGGUUUUUAACACUUCUUUAACAGGUUAUCAGGAAAUUUUAACAGACCCUAGUUAUGCUGGUCAGUUUGUCCUGAUGACCAAUCCACAUAUUGGCAAUACCGGAGUAAAUUUUGAUGAUGAAGAAUCAAGGCAGUGCUUUCUUGCUGGUCUGGUGAUCAGAAGUCUAAGUAUUUCGACUUCGAAUUGGAGAUGUGCAGAAACACUUAGUUAUUAUUUAGCAGAAAGAAAUAUUAUGGGAAUUUAUGAUGUUGACACACGUGCAAUCACCCGCAGAUUGAGGCAAGAUGGAAGUCUUAUUGGAGUUUUGAGCACAGAACAAUCUAGAAGUGAUGAAGAACUUUUGAAGAUGUCACGUUCAUGGGACAUUGUAGGUGUUGAUUUAAUAAGUGGCGUUACCUGCAAUGCCCCUUAUGAGUGGGUUGAUAAAACAAAAUCAGAAUGGGAGUUCAACUCUAAUGGAAGAGAUCAAGAGACUUACACAGUUGUUGCGUAUGAUUUUGGGAUCAAGCAUAAUAUACUUCGACGUUUAGCAUCUUAUGGCUGUAAAAUCACUGUUGUGCCGUCCACUUGGCCAGCAGCUGAAACCCUUAAGCUGAAGCCAGAUGGAGUUCUUUUAAGCAAUGGUCCAGGAGAUCCAUCUGCUGUUCCUUAUGCUGUUGAAACAGUCAAGGAAAUUCUGGGAAAAGUUCCUGUUUUUGGAGUUUGCAUGGGCCAUCAGUUACUUGGGCAGGCUUUGGGUGGUAAAACCUUUAAGAUGAAGUUUGGUCACCAUGGAGGAAAUCAUCCUGUUCGCAAUCUUUGCAAUGGUCAUGUUGAGAUUAGUGCUCAGAAUCACAACUAUGCAGUUGAUCCUGCAUCACUCCCUGAGGGUGUAGAAGUGACUCAUGUUAAUCUUAAUGAUGGAAGCUGCGCUGGUCUAGCUUAUCCUGCGUUAAAUAUUAUGUCUCUUCAAUACCAUCCUGAAGCAUCGCCAGGACCUCAUGAUUCAGAUUUAGCUUUUAGAGAAUUCAUAAAGCUUAUGGAGUCAACAAAACAAGCUGCUUGAAGGAAUUUGUAAUAUCCGAUGGUUCGAGUUUUUGGGUAUAGUUUGACGUUAAUGUUUUAAAUGGGCUUCUUCUCAGCUAUGCUUUGGUCGAUAUUUGCUUUAUGUGGAGAGAAGUAUAAAGGGAAUGCUCUAUAUGACAAUUUUGUGUGAAAUAGUUUAAGAUAAUUUGCGUUUUUCUAUGUUUGAAUGGUACUUCAUGAGUUAUAGAAAGAUGAACGCUAAUUAUUGGAAUUUACUUUCUAAAUCACAGCAUGGUUGUUUUAGCAUAACAUUAUCAUGUCGUCAAAGUGAGGCAGCAUCUUCAUUUCCGUUAACCCCUUUUGCCCUUUUAAUAAGGUGAGAGUAGAGAUUCUAGUGUUAGAAGCUGUAAGCUUGAAAUGUCACCCAACUUGGGCUGCUAUUACCUAUUGCCUACUGCCUAUGCCUACCGCUUGUUGCGUAAUAUCUAUUGACCUUGUACACAAUAAAUACUUCCAGCGGUGAUUGUUGCAAAAACU